AUCUUGGUCGAAGGCUGGAGGGUACACCAGAACAAGUGCAGCAGGUCCGGUUGACAAGAUUUUUAAACUUGGUGCGAUAAAGAUAGUCAAGAGAUAACUUGUCAAAAGCCAAGAUUCAGCGUUCGAUGAGGAUUUUAUAUAUAAUGCGAGCCACUACUUGAGUUGGAGUAGCCAUAUCUGUAUCGUAUAAAAUCUUGGAAAGUCAGCUGAUAUUGGACCGUUCUUACUGAGAAGUUCGAGUGUCAUGAGAACGACCAGUGGAUUCUCCGGGCCGCUCGAUACUGGAGGAUAAGUAUUUCACCCAGGCCUUAACAAUCGAAGCCUUGUACCAUGUCGACCCCAAAGCGUAUCUGUCAACUUGUCAAAUUGAAGCCAUCUUCCGAGGCAGAAUACAGAGAAUGUCACGCCGCCGUGUGGCCUGGCGUCCUUGCGGCGCUUGAACGUGCCCAUAUCGUCGAUUACUCCAUACAUUAUUAUGCGCCACUUCAUCUGCUCAUUGCUAAUAUGAAGUACACUGGUAUUGAUUACAAGGCCGACAUGAAGAAAGUUGCUGAGGAUCCUGAGACGCAGAGGUGGCGGGCGAUGACGGAUGGAAUGCAAGAGAGUCUAGUCGAAGGCGCUAUUGGUAGUGGGAAAGAUAUACCGUGGUGGGCUGAUGUCGAAGAGGACUUUAGGUUCGAAGGAAAGCCUUGAAUAGAACAACUGAAAAGAAACGAUAUUCAAUCCACUCACAGUAGCCUGGAGGUGAGUAAGCGGAUGAAAAAACGGG